CUAAGGAUGACAAAGAAAAAAGGAUGCCGAGGCUGGAGAUGGCUUGCGCUCUGGUGGCACCUUUUCCUUCUCCUGUGGAAGACAAUAGACGCACAGACUCGUUAUAGCAUCCAGGAGGAAUUAAAAGAUGGAUCGGUGGUAGGAAAUCUUGCAAAAGAUUUAGGCUUGGGAUUAUCCGAGAUUUAUGACCGCAAACUGAGCGUUCCUUCUGCUGCAGGUAAGCAGUAUUUCAGCGUGGAUGCGGGGAAGGGCGAGCUGCUGGUGAAUGACCGGAUAGACAGAGAGGGUUUGUGUGGACAAAGCGCGAGCUGCGUGAUACCUCUGCAGGUUGUAGUGGAAGAUCCGUUACAACUGUUCCGCGUGGAAGUAGAAAUCCAAGACAUUAACGACAACUCACCGACAUUCCCCUCUAAAGACAUUACUCUAGAGAUAGCGGAAUCUACAGCAACUGGAGCUCGUUUUCCACUUGAGCACGCUUUGGACCCGGAUGUUGGCAGUAAUUCUCUGAAGUCGUACACACUCAGCAAGGACGAGUGUUUUGCCAUUAGAAUUAAGGAGGUUGCUGGUGGAAGAAAGGUCCCUGAAUUAAUUUUGGCAAAAGGUUUAGAUCGAGAGAGAAUAGCUGCUCACAAGCUUCUGUUGACGGCUGUAGAUGGAGGGAACCCAGCCAGGUCAGGGACCGCCCAGAUAACUAUUACAGUCCUAGACAUUAAUGAUAACAUUCCUGCUUUUGAAAAAUCCUUGUAUAAAGUCUCUGUUGCCGAAGAUGCUGCAGAGGGGGCGUUAAUAGCGCAAACUAAGGCUUCAGACACGGAUUAUGGUGCAAAUGGAGAGGUUGAAUAUUCUUUUGGAGUGCACACAUCAGAUGCGGUUCUGUCUGUUUUUACCAUCGAUCCUGUAACAGGAACAGUUUUCCUUAAAGGGAAAUUAGAUUUUGAAACAACUGCCAAUUAUGAAAUAGACAUUAGCGCAAAGGACAAGGGAACUCCGAGAAUGGAGGGGCAUUGUAGUUUACAUGUUGAAGUUUUUGACAUUAACGAUAAUGCUCCAGAGAUCCUGAUUACAUCUCAUCCAAAGCCGGUGCGCGAGGACGCCCCUAAUGGCACUGUGGUGGCUUUGAUCAAUGCACGAGAUCUGGAUUCAGGUGAUAACGGAAAAGUUCAGUUAAAGCUACCAAAAAACUCUAAUUUUGCACUGAAACCUUCAUUUUCUCAGAAUUACGCACUUAUAACAAACGGUGUUUUGGAUCGAGAGAAUGUGUCAGAGUAUCAUAUUGAGAUAACAGCGACGGACUCAGGCUCUCCUCCACUGUCCAGUAAGAAAACUGUAGUUGUCAGCAUCACUGAUGUGAAUGAUAACGCUCCUGUGUUCUCUCAGCCCUCCUAUAACGUGUAUCUAAAGGAGAACGGAGUACCAGGUUCUAUUCUGUACUCAGUAUCAGCAUCUGAUCUGGAUUCAGGAGAAAACGCAAAGAUCUCUUACUCCAUCCUGGACUCUAAAGUCCAGGACGUCUCUGUCUCAUCUUAUGUUUACAUGAACUCAGACAACGGCAGCAUCUACAGCAUGCACUCGUUUGACUAUGAGAAGCUGAAGGUGUUUCAGAUUGUGGUCCAGGCAAAGGAUCAGGGCUCUCCGUGUCUCAGCAGCAACGCUACAGUCCAUGUUUUUAUCCUGGACCAGAACGACAAUGCUCCCGCUGUUAUUUACCCCUCCUCCGCUGCCCUGGGCUCCCUCUCUCACCAGAGGAUGCCCCGCUCCGCUAAAGCGGGUCACCUGGUUACCAAGGUGACGGCCGUGGACGCUGACUCGGGGCACAACGCCUGGAUCUCCUACAGACUGGCGGAGGCCACGGACGCCUCUCUGUUCACCGUCAAUCAGUACACAGGAGAGGUGAGGACUAAACGCGCUGUGUCCGAGCAGGACGAGUCCUCUCAGAGGCUGCUGAUAGAGAUCAAGGACGAUGGAGAACCGCUCCAGUCCGCCACCACCACGGUGUCCAUCCUGCUGGAGGACGGUCUCCAUGAGCCCAUGUUAGAGCUCCGACACAAAGCGUCCGAGCCCAGCAAGAAAACUGGCAGAAUCACCCUUUACCUGAUCCUGUCUCUGGCCUCGGUGUCCGUGCUGUCUCUGGUCACGUUUCUCAUCUUAGCGGUUAAAUGCAUCAGGAGCAGCAGGAGCAGCGGGAGCUGCUGCAUCAGACGGAGCGACUGUGAUGAUUACAAGAAGCCCAACAGGAACCUGCAGAUUCAGCUCAACACUGAUGGACCCAUAAAGUACGUGGAGGUCCUGGGAGGAGACAUGAUGUCCCAGAGUCAGUCCUUCAGGUCCUGCAUGUCCCCCAUUUCAGAGUACAGCGACUUCACUCUGAUUAAACCCAGCAGCACCACAGACUUUAAAGAAGUCAUCAGCGUUCUGGAUGCGUCUUUACCCGACAGCACCUGGACCUUUGAGAGCCAGCAGGUGAGCAGGAAACGAGAUCUUUAUUAUAAAAACACAUAACGCACGGAGGUUAUUAAAUGACAACAUAACAUUAUUUUGUUGGUCUUUAA